AUGGCCGCUGAAGCUGUUGGGCUAGCUGCCACCGUAAUCACGAUCGCUGAUGCGGCAUACAAGAGCAGCAAACGACUAUACGAACUUAUCGAUGGCUUUCGGACCGCCUCAAAAACCUUGAGUGAUCUUCAUACAGAUCUCUCUUCCCUCGAACAGCUUCUGCAAUCUCUCAAGGAUGCACUGGGAAAGGCCGACGACGAGAGCCUGUCAGACGAAAUGAGAAAAUGCUUGCAGAACCUCAAGCCUUGCAUGGUAGCUUGCUGCGAGGUUUGUGACGACUUCAGUGCCAAGGUUAUGCAGAUAACAUCGCAUUCUACCGAAGAUCAUGUUAGCUGGAGGGACAAAAUUCGACUCCAGUUCGAAGAAAAGGGCAUCCAGGCCUUUCAAUUUCGUCUCGCCGCCCACAAGACGACGAUAAAUAUUGUUUUGGGAUUAGUAAAUCUGCUCUACCUUACGGACAAGAUCGAAGCUAACCAGAUACUGAACCGCAGUACAUCAUCCGAUCAGAAUCGGCAAGCCUACAAGAAUCUCGAAACCAAUAUCAUAACUGCGCUCGCCGAGCAUAACAGGGUUGUGAUGGAAGCCCUGCAUGAACACGCGGUCGCUCUACAACAGUGCUUGAGGGUGUGCUAUAGUGUAGUAGACGCUGCACCUGCGAGUACCAGCGACACAGUUCACCGCAUGGAAGGCUACGAUUCAGCGAAGCAACUGGUCGCAGGUGAUAUCGGAGAUGCUGUUUUACGGUCCCGGCCAGUCACCGUGGGCAUAGCCUCUGCCCAUCAACAAGCUCAGCAGGCGUUAUUUCAGAACGUUGGUGCGGAUAGUAUCGACGGGGUAAUGAAGUUCUUUCAGUAG